AUGACAAUAGAUUCAACAUUAUCAUCAACUACAAAUCCAAAACCAAUCAUUGCUCUUGAUUGUGAUGGAGUUCUUCUAGAUUAUCAUGCAACUUUUGCACAAAUUUAUGAGCAAACGUUUGGGAAAAAAUUAACAAUUGUUUCACCAAAUGCUCAUUAUGCUGAAAGAAAAUAUAAUGUCAAUUUUAAUGAUGAAGAAAAAGAAGAAUUUAAACAAGUAUGGAAUGAAUAUGGUUGGAGAAGUAUGCCAAUGCAUGAUGGAGCAUUAGAAGCAUGUCUUUUAUUACAUGAAGCUGGCUAUGAACUAAUUUGUGUUACAGCAAUGUCUUCCGAUUUUAUUGAACAUCGAUUAGAAAAUUUUCGUUUACAUGGAUUUCCCAUUGAUAAAAUCAUUAGUUCUGGUUAUGAUAAAGACAACUUUAAUAAUAAUCCAAAAAGAAAAACUAUUGAAGAUUUAAAUCCAGUUGUAUUUGUGGAUGAUUUAAGAAGAAAUUUUAAUAAUAUUCAAUGUGUUCAUACAAAACUUAUUUUUAUUGAUCAUGAACGUGAAGAUGAUCCAAAUGAACAUGAUAAUAUUUAUUAUGAUGCCAAAUAUGGAAGUCUUUUAGAAUUUGUUACAGAUUUUCUAAAAACAAAACAACAUGGAGAAGAUAUAAACUGGUCACAAAGACCAUGUCAUCUUAUUCCUUUUAGUUAA